AUCCCCGGCUCCGCAUCCUCACUGCACUACCUGUACACCAGCGUCGCCUUUUCUUUUCGCCCGACAGCAUCUGUCUUCCUUCUUCCUGCUUCUUCUUCCUCUUCUUAUUGUUCCCUCCCUGCACGUAUGUUGUCGUAAUUCAUUUCCUCUCGCCUGUCCAUAUUAAUCUUCUCAUCCAUACGUAGCACACUUUGCCACCACGUGUUGAAACGAAGACCCCCGCUCGUUUUAGGAAUCUUUGCUUGGCUUCUGGCUCAGCGAACAAAUCUUCGCGCUCACGAAAGACGAUGGCGGCGGCAAAGGAUGCGCCGGUGGCAGUUACUACGCGAAAGAAGGUGUUGAAAGUAUUGUUUAUAUCUCUCCUUCUCGACCUGAUCUCGUUCACGUUCAUUCUCCCCCUCUUUCCUCAGCUUCUAGCCUUCUACCGCUCCCGCGAACUCCAAUCGCCCGACACUCUCCUUGCGAAGAUAUUCUCCGGACUCAAUGCCUACAAAAAUGCCUUCGCAAAGCCGAUCAACGACAGGUAUGAUAUUGUGCUACUUGGUGGCGCACUUGGCUCUCUCUUCUCUCUGUGCCAGGCGAUUGCCUCGCCCAUUAUCGGUACACUCUCCGACAAGUACGGUCGCCGCAAGGCAUUGCUGUGGAGCAUGAUGGGCAACAUUCUCUCCGUCGCCUUGUGGGUUCUUGCAGCCGAUUUCAGAACUUUCCUGGCAAGUCGCGUGGUGGGUGGGCUCAGCGAGGGCAAUGUUCAGCUGGCGACGGCAAUUGCUACGGACAUCAGCACCGACGAGCAGCGAGGCGCAACUAUGGCGCUUGUGGGCGCGUGUUUCAGUAUUGCCUUCACGUUUGGGCCUGCUCUCGGCGCGGCACUAGCCAACAUCACAACGGUGGUUUCAAAUCCUUUUGCAACGGCGGCGGGCUUUUCCUUGUUCUUAAUCGUGACGGAGACGCUAUAUCUUUGGGUCAGUCUACCAGAGACUCUCCCGUCCGUCGCAUCCGUGACAGAAAAUGGACAUGGGAAAGAGAACGGACAUGCAAACGGUAAUGGAGUAAGCGGAUCCGCGAAGGAGCUGCAGAGUAAGGCCUCGAGAAGUAACUUGAAGGCGAAGGUGGCUGUUCGUCGCAGGACGAAUUCUCACGCCUUGCUCAAUCUCGUACAUUUCAGCUUUAUUCUCUUCUUCUCCGGCAUGGAAUUCUCUCUUCCGUUCAUGACAUACGACCUCUUCCGAUAUACUUCCUCGCAGUCUGGCCGUUUGCUAGGAUAUAUCGGCCUUGUUGCAAGCAUCAUGCAAGGUGGCGUCGUAAGAAGGGUGCACCCCUUGCGUGUCGUGCAGAUAGGCGUUCUUGCCUGCGUGGGCGCCUUCGUUCUGCUUGGCAGACUAAGAUCACAAGCCGGUCUUUAUGCCGCCGCUACGCUUCUCGCUGUUACAAGCGGAAGUGUCGUCACGGGCCUGAACAGCCUGAGUAGUUUUGAAGCGAGUGCCCAGCAGAGAGGUAGCAAGUUAGGCAAUCAUAGAAGUUUCGGCCAGAUUGGUCGAGCCCUUGGUCCCAUUCUGUUCUGCACUCUCUACUGGUGGGCUGGUAGAGAAUUCGCCUAUGCGAUCGGUAGCGCUGGCAUGCUUGCCGUGUGUGGGCUCGUUUUUGGUGGCUUAAGGAUACCGCCUGGUACGGAACUUAGCAAAAAAGCUAAAUCAUGAUCUGUUGGCCUUCAAAUGUACGCCUUCAGGAAUUCCUUUAUGUAUAUUACACUCGGCUCUUGUGAGAAAGGAUGGGAUAUCUAUGCGGUGCGUUUGAGACGGACCAGAUAUAUUUGAAUGCGAAAGAAAAGUCUUUUUGGAGGACGUGCUACAUAGAAAAAUUUCUUUAUGAUAUGUCGAGGUCAAAUCUGAUGUAGCUUUUACAUCCUUGUGUUGUAAAUAGUUCGUAAUCGCGCAAUCUUAAC